AUGAUCGAUUCGACGCCGAUACCACAACUCCCGGAUCGCGCGGGUGUGCUUGAACAAGGGAAUGUUUUGACGCUGCGGGAUCAGGAAGCGAAGUUGGAUCAGAUUCAGAAAGACAACUUCAGUUUGAAGCUGAAGAUUCACUACUUGGAAGAAGCGCUGCGGAAGAGUGGGAAUGAGUUUCAUCAGGCAACACUGAAAGAGAAUAACGAACGUACAAUGGAAGUGCGCCAACUCCAGCGCGAAUUGGAAGUCGCCAAAUCCAGCAGCGCAGGUAACAUUGACGACGUUCAACACCGCAUGGAAAGCAUGAAAGCGGAGCUCGAACGUGAACACAAGGAGGCGAAACAAGCGCUCGAAGACGAAAUCGAAGCCUUCGUUACGCACUUCAAAAUCGCCGACGCAGAGCAAGCGGAGUUGAAGAGGGAACUCGAACGGGUG